UCCUUUAAAAGUAAAGAGUGGGUGAACAAAAGAAAUGGUGCACUAAGAUGUAAAAAUUCCAAAUUCAACUUGUUCUUGUCACAAGAUGACAAGUUUGACAUAAACAGGCAACAGCUCUGCCUGAACUUCACAGCCUACGCACAACUGAUAUGGUCAUAUCACUUGAAAGCCAGAACUAACAUCAUUCCCUUCUACCUAGAAAAUAAAUGGCCCUUGAGAUUUUUGUACCUUUAGUAUUAGCAUUUAUGGAAAAAGACAAACACCAGUAAGUAAAUGUACUACUGAGAAUUCACAGCCCUUUGGAAGUGCCCCUUAGGAAUGGUGGAAGCACUAGUAAAUUAAGUCAGCAGAAGCUUAAGUCAGUGGAAACACUAUGGAUUUCAAUGAGCUUUCUGUUGAGAUUUAGUCUUUUUUCCCAAAUACGUUCUUUUAUGUCUGACCUCAACAUUGAAAAUAACCAGAUAUACAUGCACCCGGUAUUCAGAAAUACUACUUGCAUCAGAGUAAGUCAACACAGGUUAAGUUAACCACAAGCAUAUCUCACUGCCCUACUGGUAGCCUAGAAUACAGCAAGCUGAUAGUGCUAACCUCUCUCUGUCAUGUUUGUAUACACACAGCAACGGACUAUAUACCCUACGUAAUAUACAGAAAUGUAAGAAUAAGAAACAGUGUGUUUAAGUUGCAAAUCCAGUAGAUAGCGCACACAUACAACCUUUCAAAACACCGGUUCUGAAUUAUUCAUGGAAGUCCCAGGACAGUAAGCCGUGCUGGCUGGAGGCACCUCCCCUCCCACUCCAUUCCCUCGCUAACUGCCUCCCACCCCACCCUCCAGCUUUAUUUUUUGACAUAAAAGAUUUGUAGAAUGGAGGAGAUUAAAGUCUUUAUUGAUAUGCACGUUUAAUUUGUACUAAGUAUUUGGGGAAUAUGUCCGUGUUCCUCUAACAGUCUCAGAUAAGAUAGGAUUUGCAGAAAACGUCCUUAGGACAGGAAAUGCAUACAUUAAAUAGAAGACUAAAUUAACAAGAAAUAAGUAUGCAUAGGUGAUUUAGGGGAAUUUAAGUCUGAUUAUGUUUCUAGUAAAUUAUCAGAAUACACACCUAGAAUAAUAAAAUGCAGUGACUGUCUGAAGCAACCUUGUGUGCUAGUGAAGCAAGCACCUCCCCAAUCCAACCAACCAAGAGACCAGAUGAUAGACCCAUUACAUUUUCUUUAUGCUUUGGCUAAACAAACAAACAAGCAAAUCAGUCCAAAGCACUAAAUUCAUUUCCUUUUCAAAAAAAGGAUGGACAAACACUUGGGUAGGAAUGCUGCUAGCUUGCCAUCUUCAGCAUCCCCUACUGAGAGAUUUUUAAAAGACAGUAAAUAUAAUGAGGCGCUUCAGCACAGAAGGGCCCGUCACUGACGGGAUAGAAGUGACAGGAACCCAAAUCUCAUUAGGAGCAGAAAAACAAAUUCUAUAAUAUAGAUAUGCCUGUAACAUAAGACACUUUCUGAUCCAUCAAUAAUUGAAAUCAAGCUUAAGAGCUUAUACGUGAGUGCUAUACAACUUAAUUGACUAACCUAAGGUUACAAAAAGCAGUAGAAAUAUGAAACGUGCAAAGGAAGUAUGAGCAAAGAAAUUUUUUUUUCCUCACCAUAAAAUAACAAAAAAAUUAUACUGAGGGCACCAAAAGGGUUAAAUCAAGCUUUGGUGUUUAAAUGCUUUUAAUUCCUUUGCAAAGCUGAACAGCCUUUACAAUACCGAAAUAGAACAUCUCGCAUUAAAAAUCCCCCAGAGAAUCCUAAGUAAAAGUGUCAAGGAAAAGUGAAAACAAUUUGAAAAAACCCUCAAUCAUUCAUUUAAUCAUCAUACAAUUUUUAUACUAUUCACCUAUCAUUGUGCUUGUGCUGAAUAUGUAUCAUUUAUCAAAUAGGAGGCAGAGCCUGUAAAGGUUUCUGGCUGCCUUUGGAUUUAGUCAAAAUGAAUGCAAACAAUCACGUGGGAUUCAGCCAAGCAGUGACGUUAAAUUCUGCUCUGUCAGAAGACAGCAUCUGUCAAAGCCCACAUUUAAACUGCUGCCUGCCUGUGCAGCAGCCGAAGGACUACGGAAUGGAUUUAAUAGACCAGACUCCUCGGUUAAAACAGCUCGAAACCAUUUCUACUACUGCCUAGCAACAAUGCAGGAGGGAAGAGGCAAAUCCUAUUACUAAAGGCAACUGAACCACUACAUGCUAGCACUCACUGCUAACAUUACCGUUAGAAAUAUGGAUACUGGCAAGGGGAGAACACAGCACUGCAUUGUCCGACAAGGGAAACACCAGAUGUAAAAGCUCCAAUCUAUCAGCUGGGAACGCCACACAGCCCCGAUCGUCUGAGCAGGAACAAGAACUACUGUCCUUUUGUUUGAAGGAUGAACAAAAAGCCCCAAGACAAGGACAACACUUAUGAGCAAGGAAGGUAACACAGCAACGAGCCGACAGAUGGACAGAUUGGAUAUUGUGAAAAGCAAUCGCAGGAAGCAGACUGUUGGGGGAUGUGCGCAUGUUCGAUAGCAUCUUUUUUGCUGAAGUGAUGGCGUGCCAAAACUAUUUUCUGUGGGUAUAAUCCUCGCACCAUAAAUGGCCUGACCAGGGAAGAGAGCCAUUUGCAGAGAAUUAGUCAACAUGAACAAAAGAAAAUGAAUACCAAAGAAUAGCAGUGGAUUUGGAAAGGGAGCAAACAGCGUUUUGCUUGGCCAUCGUCUCACGUCCCAUCAUUGGAUUCUUACAACAUGCUUCAGUGGAGAAGACGACACUGCUGCCUUGCAAAGAUGACCUGGAAUACCAAAAGGUCUCUAUUUCGCACCCAUCUUAUUGGUCUGCUCUCUCUUGUAUUUCUUUUUGCUGUGUUUCUGUUUUUUAACCAUCACGACUGGCUGCCAGGCAGGGCAGGCUUUAGAGAAAAUCCCAUGACUUACACAAUACGAGGAUUUAGAUCUACAAAAAGCGAGAUGAACCACAGCUCUUUACGGAACAUGUGGAAAGACGCCGUACCUCAGACCCUCAGGCCUCAAAUAAUCACCAACCCCAACAACACUGACCUGUCACCACAAGGAGUAACUGGCUUGGAAAACACCCUCAGUGCUAAUGGAAGUAUUUACAGUGAGAAAGGUACUGGGCAUCCAACCUCAUAUCAUUUCAAAUACAUCCUCAAUGAGCCCGAAAAAUGCCAGGAGAAGGUUCCUUUCCUGAUUUUGCUCAUAGCUGCAGAGCCAGGUCAAGUGGAAGCCAGACAGGCCAUUCGACAAACCUGGGGCAAUGAAAGCCUAACGCCUGGCAUCCAAAUUGUUCGCAUCUUCUUGCUGGGGCUAAGCACCAAGACAAACGGGUACCUGCAGCGUACCAUACAGGAGGAAAGCAGACAGUACCAUGACAUCGUCCAACAGGAAUACUUGGACACCUACUAUAAUUUAACCAUUAAAACCCUGAUGGGAAUGAACUGGGUUGCAUCUUAUUGUCCAAGUGUUCCCUAUGUUAUGAAAACUGACAGUGAUAUGUUUGUCAAUACUGAGUAUUUAAUACACAAGCUUCUGAAGCCAGAACUUCCUCCGAGGCACAAAUAUUUUACAGGAUAUUUAAUGAGAGGUUACGCACCUAACAGGAACAAGGAUAGCAAGUGGUAUAUGCCACCUGAUUUGUAUCCAAGUGAACGUUACCCUGUAUUCUGCUCUGGAACUGGUUAUGUUUUUUCUGGAGAUUUAGCAGAAAAGAUCUUUAAAGUCUCCUUAGGCAUCAGACGUUUACAUUUAGAGGAUGUAUACGUGGGUAUCUGCCUUGCCAAGCUGCGAAUUGACCCCAUGCCUCCACCCAAUGAAUUUGUCUUCAAUCACUGGCGAGUUUCUUACUCCAGCUGUAAAUAUAGCCACCUAAUUACCUCCCAUCAGUUCCAACCUAGUGAACUGAUCAAAUACUGGAACCACUUACAACAGAAUAAGCACAAUGCCUGUGCCAAUGCAGCAAAAGAAAAAGCAAACAGGUAUCGUCACCGUAAACUGCACUAGCAGGACAACAUUCCCUCUGUCAAAUGUAUUCCAUGUGCAAUUUGUAAAUAUUGCUGAACGCAUGUACAGUGAAAAUGGAUGAGCUUAAUGGGACAGCCUUUAGUUGAUCCCCAUCACAUAGUGAAGUCUGAAAAUUAUUUUUUUAAUUUUAAAAAAGUAUAGUUCUUGAUAACACUAAUAUUAUAAAACCAUAACCAGAAGGUUUUCCCAGCAAAUUUGAGGAAAAAAUGGAGAUAUAACAUUAUUUGUGUUAAUGUGCAAUAAUAAGCAUGCACACUCCCGUGGUACAAUUGCUGACUUAUGUGCCAAUAAAAUCUAAUCGAGCAUAUUUUCCACACAAUUUUUGUUUUUAAGACAAUGCAUUCAUAGCUCUAGCUCUUUUAAAUGUAACCAUUUCUUGACUAGAAUUGCUAUAAGUAAAAUGAAAAAUGAGAAGCAAAGGAAAUGCACAAAGGGGAGAUGAAUCUUACCUUCAAAUACCACAUGAAAAUUACCACGCACUUCUUAAACAUGCAAUACACUUAGCAGUAUCACAUUUAAAAUUAAGACAUCACCAAAUGAACUCUAAAACAAUGCAGAAGUACUCUCUUAAAGUAAGCCCAGUUGUAGCAAGGUUGCUUUUUUUGGCUAGGAAAGAAAAAUAAAUGAAAACAAAGUUCAGAAAGCUACUACAUUGCACAUCUCCUUCUGAAACUCACAGCAGGUGUUCCCAAUUCAGCCCUAGUUUCUCCUCCGAGACAUGACAGAGUUACUCUCUACAAGUCAUAGGGUAAGCUCCUGAAUCCCGGUGUCAAGUAACAUCAGCACCUACACGCAAGUUCAUUGAAUCUGCUAUUAAUUUCCUCGCGUAACCUCAAGAUAGCUCAAAGGCUAAUAAGAAAUGCAAAAAGAAGCCUUUCACCAUAGUCUCAAAAACAUCCCAUUUUGUAGAAAGAGGGAGGAAGCCAACUGAACGUUGGCUUACUUGACUACUUACUUCCUAUCAGAAAAAUCAGAGCAGUCAAGUGAAAAUGGAUCUGCCAGAGGAAAUUAAGCCAAACUUCACCUUACAGACAGAGAGGACUAAGUCAUAAGAUUGACGUUUCCAGAUAGCAAUAUAGGCAAGAACAAAAUGGAAGAAAUUUUAAAAAUUUAAACUACAGCAUCUGCCACUGAAAACAAGAUGGGAGAAGUAGGUUAAAUCUAUUUACAGGUUUCCAAAUUUUUUAGCAAACAAUUUUUUAAUAUUAUUUUCCAGUGAAGCAGCGUUGUAUUGGAAUCUGGUUAUUGCUACUUGUCACAGUAAGCAAUACUCAUCUCUGAUUUAGCAGCAAAUGAUGGAACUGUGAUUACUUUUGUUUGACCGGUACUUUUUAAUUGGAUAAAAUACAACUAUUUGAUGUACUUUUAUUAUUUAAUAAAACUGAUUAUAUUUAUGGUCCUUCAGACUUCACUUUUUAAUGGUAAAGCUACUCAGGAGGAAAUUAAUUGCUAGCAUUAUCUGACUUGUCCUAAUUUCCCCUAAUUCUUAGUUUUCAUACCAUGUACAAUACGGAGAUUCCCUUUGUAACGAAACGGCAAUUCCGUUUCCCUUUGUAACGAAAAGAUGAAUCACAGUCUUGAGCACUCAGCAACCCUAGGAGUGUCUAUUUCCUGGAUCUUACACAUCUAAGCAGACGGUGUCACACUGAACCAGCUCUCCUAAGACAUGCCAGGUAGUCAUAUCAAAGAUGGCUAUUGGAAUUAGCUCUUCACCAUUUUUUCCAUGGUCCUCCAAUAAACCAUCAUCUGAUGUAUUUGAGGUACGAUAGUUAUAUAUUCAUGCAUUUCCAGGACACCUCAAAUAAUAGCAAUGGACACUUCUGGGGACAGCAAGUAUGCUUAACAGUAAAUCUCUGCAGAAAAGUAUUCUCAAACUACCCAGACUGAAAGUGCACUGACUUAGUUUCAGUGAAUGUUACAGGCAUUCACGUAACACAGCUGCAAAAGAACAAGUCUUUGGGAGUCUUCUUUUAGCACUCACUUGCAGUUCCCCUCGCACUCUGACUGCUUUCUUGAGCUAACGCAAGCCACACCUAAUAUCCCAGCUGAAAGCUGCCUGGCUUAUGUUAACUAUGCCCAUGUUCACUAUUAUUAUGCUAUACAAGUAGCAAACAAUCAAGUGAUUUUUAGACAACUGGAGAAAGCCAGCUACCAUCCAGGAGCUUUUGGUUCUAGAAGACAUACAGUCACGUAAGCACCACCUCCUUGAGUCAUGCCGGCCAAGGACACAGUACUCCCUCCUGGAGGGGGCUUCAACACCAUCCCUGCCUUCAGCACUUUCAAGCUAAAAUGUAAUAUAAUAUACUCUACUUGGACUUUCCCAACUCUGGCUUGUUCAAAAUGCUGUUACUGGCUUCUGGGUACAGUCCAAGAGGUUAAUAACUAAACCUUAAAUAGUUUGGCACUUUAAUUAUGAAGUUUGGCAGCCAAACAACCUCUGGGAUACUCCACUUUGGAGCUCAUGCACGAUACCAAUCUGCCCGAGUUCGGCAGAAUUAUGUUACAGUACCUAUGAGUUCAGCACGCUGAACUUCCUUCUAGUUAAAAUACUACCAAGAAGAUGCAAGAAAAGAAAAAAAGCCAUUUGUAACACUCUUCUAAGGGCCUGACGUAUUUUUUAGAAAUUUGAAGUAGUAUUUGGGUAUAAUUUGAAAAUAAUCUAUAAACAUACUCAAGCCAUUAUCUAAACAGUCAACAGCCACUUAAAUCUUUUGUGUCCAAGCAUGUUUUCUCACACAGUUUGUUGUGAAGCUUUCAGAAACAGGAGGGAGAGCCUGUAUGGUAAAAUAUGCAAUUACAGAAUGAAAGAUCUAUCUUCCAUUCUUUAUGUGUUGUUACCAUUCUCAGCUUGCAUUGAAGCCAUUCGCCCAAUGGAGAAGAGCACAAAAGCAGUUCAUGUUAAAAACAGUGCAAUCAUUAUUUAUGUCAUUAAAACCUUUGACAAGUUUUCUCACUUCCUAUCCAACGUUAAGCAGGACUAAAAAUGCAUUGUUAGUAGCAAUAGGAUAAAAGUUUCUAUUUAAGUUUAACAUAUCUGCAAUGCAGUAAAAAAAACCUGAAUAACGCUAGCCUGCUUACCAAGAUUUGUGUAAUAUUCUCUUUAAAUGUCUUGCUCUCUGUAUGUUUGUUUCGGUUUGAGAAGAAAUACGGGAAGAUCUAACGUGACUCUAAAUUUAUUAAAGGAAAUAUACAUUGUCAUCAGCACAAUCAUUAUGGCAAAGAAAUACUUUAAUCAAAGGAAGCAUGAUAACAAACUGAAUUUAGUAGUUUUUCUUCAUUUAACUUUCAGCUAAGGAUUUAAACAUUUACAUUAGACAACCAAAAUAAAGUUCCACAAAUAUCAUCCACCAACAACGGAACUGUUCACCUCCAAUUAUAUUGAGGGGUGAAUUAUUACUGAAUUAUUUGCAGAUCAUCCCACAUUACAUUUGAGUAUGGAAAGUGAACAAGUACAGCUGCUGGAGUAAGCAAGCCGAUCCUAUCCCCAACCAUUGAUCAAUUUCUCACAGAUGAAGUUCACAAUCUAUUCUACUAGGAAAAAAUAAUGCAGGUAAAGGUACUUUACUUGGUACUACUUCCAAGCCUCAGUGGUUGCUUUGAGUAAUUGAAAUGAGAUCAGUAUCCAUUAACAUCUUCACAUAAAUGUUAUGAAUUAUUCCUCUACUCCAAAAUUUAAAAUUAUAUAUGGCAGUGAUCUAGAAAAAUAAGACAGUAUGGUUGUCAGGUCAAGCUGAUUAAAACAGCAAUUUAAAAACUGUUUCUCUGCAAUGCAGACAAUGUGUUUCAGGCCAUCUUUAUGAAGUAUUUUCUUAACACAUAAUCAUGUGCUAUGUCUCAAAAUCAAUGCGAGAUCAGGCAUGGUAUGUGCAUGGGUAAAGAACCUGGAAGCCAUUGCUUUGGACAUCCCCCAACAGCAUCCCCACUGAUUUUCCCAAUACACUAACACAGCUCCCCAUCACGCUUAGAUCUAAAAUAUCUACAUUGUCCCACAGUGCAAAAAACAAAACACCACCAACAGAACACCAUAAUCUUAUCUCUAGAAUGAAUGCCCAUUGCAGUUUGUGAAAACUUCCCAAGAGGAGACAAAAGAGAAAUGAUGCUAAUAUAGAAGUUACUGCUUUUCACAUUCAAGCUAUUAGCAAGAACAGGCUUGUAACUACUAUGCUAAAGCGUCAACAGCUGUUUAUAUCUUUUUCAUUUUGAGAAUGCAUUUCUCAAUCCUUACUUCAUGCUGUCAGAUAACACAAGUAACCAUUGGGCAAUUUAUUUAUGCUAACUGCAGCUAUGGAAUUUUAAAAGCAUUAUCUUCACUUUUCAUUUCUGAUUUUGUACUUUGAAAGCAACAUGGGAUUUAGGUAGCAGAAAGUCUUAUCCUUCCUGACCCCAAUAAUUUCAGAUUGGGGAUCAUCCCUAUUGUACAUGGCAUUUGCUGUAUUACUACAGACAGAAUCUCUAGCCCAUCCAUUCCAGCCUCCAAUGUCCAGCUCUGCUUUGCAGGCCACUCAGUAAGGGGAGCAUGGGGAAAGGAGGGAGGCGGGGAGCUGCACCGCCAGCCAGGCAGUGCUGUACUGUGCAAAUGUAGGUCAGGAAGCAGAGAACAACCUCUUUGCUUCGCAACCAAGACAAGAACAAAUUUUAAAGGCUCUCCAUGACAGGAGGUUGGGGGAGAGCUGUGGAGAGCAACCUUGCAGCAGGUCAGUUAAAAAAGCUCUUGGAUGUGAAAAAACAGAAGAGUGAAAUGAAAACCACAGCAGCUGAUCAACACCGCACAGGUUAAAAAAUACACAUGCCCAAUGUGUAUGCCCCACAAUAAAAUUGGGCAGGCUUAGUCAUGAAGAACAGCACUGUAAGAGAGGCCAAAUUAGAAAGCAGCAUCUAAGCUUCUAAUGAUUAAUGUUUGCAUUUCUCCCCUUCUGGACAAAAUAAAAAUCUAAGGUAAAUUCAUUCCUGUGACUAAACUUCAGGCUUGUGUUUGCAGUACAAGCUUUUUAUUACACCCUGCACUGAAGCAAUUAGAAGAAAUGACGUGCUGGCAUGAGGAGCUAGUCAGGAAUUGCAGAGGGGCUACUUUACAUACAGGAGUGCCAACAGAAUCAAGUCAUAAGCACAGAGAACUGGAUCGGUUUUACCUAGGACGUGCAUUUCAUUUCCAGAGAAAGUGUUUGCUACGAAAGAAAGCCAGGCCCCGUACCACAUAAGUACCUUCUCCUCACAGUGAAAUGACUGCAAAAGAAUUCAGCUGAACAUGGGAUAGAGAUGAGAAGUACCACGUUGCCGUUCUCAUAUUACCAUGGCAACAGUUAAAAGAGCUCUCUUAAGCAGUUAAAUCUGACAGCUUUCAUGAUAACACUAACUGGAUGAUAGUAAUGAUGCGUUUCGCUCCACAAGCCAACCAGUGCACAAGUCAAACCGCAGGGUACGAGCCAUGCCCCUUGCUGCUCUUCCAGCACUGCCUGUGGUCAAAGCACUCUGACUGAGAUAGUAACCUCCAGUUACUUCUCUCAAAACAGGUCCCUCCAGCACAGGGAAUGCUCGAGGCUUAGAGCGUUAUGUAGUCUCAAAGGUUUCCAUUUGAAUGCUUAAGUCGUGCACAGACACUGUACGGAGUGGAGAAGUCAAGACUGCUUAAAUGCUUGAUGGGAAUGUUCUCAAAGGGCUCCAUUCACCUGGGAAUGCUUGAGAAAAGAAUACGCUUUCUACAAAGCGAACAAAAUUGCUGCUGCUGUCUUUUCAACACCAUUGGCUCGAGCAAGGAGGAGGAGGUGGCGGUGGCUGGUGACUUCCUAUAAUCCUUACACCAGUGUGUCACUAACACAGACUUGUUCAAAUAAAAAAACACUCCGCCUCACUGAAGGCCAAAGUAUACUGAUGAAUAUGAAAAUAUUUCUCUGAAGCUAAGUCCAUCAGGACAAUUUCAUCCAUCUCCUUGUAGCCUAUUUAAGCUUUGUCUAAUAUUAACUGACACGUCGGCUGUUUAACAUCAAUGUUCUGUGAACCACUCACUGUGAUCUCCCAGAUACUUAGCUUGGGCAUGAUGGAAGAGCUUCUACAUAUUUAUCUUAUUACAAAGAAGUGUGUGAAACAUAACUCACCCUAAUGUUCUGAGAAUAACAAGUUUGAUUUUGUCUUGCAAUUGACUCAAUAGAAAGAAGAUGAGAAAACUGAGAACAGUGUGAAAUCCUUAAAAGUUCAAAAUUUCCCAAGAUGACAAAUGGAUCAGAGGAAAUAGCUGUUUGCCAGAACGUAAGAGCUUAAUCUUUCCAAAAGAAAAGUCUUCAAAAAGUUGAGCAUUCCCAGUUCUUCCUGUAAACAUAUUAACAAAGUUUUGAAUUAUAUAUAUAUUUUUAAGAAGUCCGUGCCAUCACAAAAAUGCUGAAUUCCUCCACUCUUGAGAAAUCAACAACAACCUUCUUGUGGAAAGGCCAAAUGUUCCCACAUCACAAUAAACCCAAGGUUUAAAACAAGAAAAACUGACUGCCGCAAGAAAAGCUUUUUUAUUAAAAUACCAAACAAGUCACCAAGGAAAACAAAAACCUAACUCACUGCCGUUAUUAAAAAUUUAACAUAUCCAGCAUUUAAAUGAGAUCAGGUCUAAUAAAACAUUAAGAGUAA